UAGCACAGAAUUGUGAUAAAGAAGUUAAAAAACUUACGGCCACAAAAGAAGAAGUUAGAAUAAGAAAAUAUGCUUCAAUUAAUAAAAAAAAUAAGCGAAGAGCUUUUUAUUUUCUCUCCCUUCUCAUAUGUCGGUAUAUGAUAAUAGAGAAUAUUCCGAUCUAAAUCUCAUGAAUAUCGUGUAUUAUCACUUACACAUACAAUUUUGGAAUAAUGAGGAAACUCAUUAGCAUCCACGUCCAUCAAUCUUCCACGUAGUUGUUUAAUUACCUUGAAAUGUUCUAGCAAAACCAACCACAAACAAAACUAUCAGCUGUCACUAACUUAUUAAAGCAAUAUUUUCAGCAAAUUAAACUGCAUAUAAUUAAACACAAUUUAUAUGUUGUAGAGAGCUACAUAUCUCCUGCAGAAAAGAAUUGUGCUUUAUUACCUAAUAACAACAUAGACAAAUAAUGAAAGGAGCAGUCUUCAAUACCACUCAACUCAUUUUAUCAUUCAGAUUCCUCAUUUGUGAACUGAAUAUAUGCAUCAAUCCAAAUAGCAGUUUGUAAGAAAACAAUCAUGUCAAAAUCAAUUUUUAGUUAGGGAUUCAAUGCAGAAAAAUUCACCUUAAUGAAACAAACAAAUGUCAUCGCAAACAUGUAGAAAUUAAAAAAACAUCGAAAUAGACAACCGAGAAACCACCAUUAUCAUUUUCUUUCUUCUUCGCGACCUUUAUAAAACCCCAAUUAUGUUCCCUUCUACUUAUAACUCCUUUGCUACCUACUAAUUACUAACCUGAUCAUCAUUGUAUAGAUAGCUAGUAGUAUCAUGUCAAUCAUGAACAUAAAAUAUAAUAAACAAUCAUCACAACUCUACUUUCCAUUUCCACAUUCAAGAAAUCGGGUUGCAAUAGGCAUUCAAGAAAAACGAUCAAUUAUUCAACCAAAGGAGGUAUGCCCUAGGUCCAACCAAUUAACCCUUCUAGUUAUAUUUUAUAUACAUGAAAGUAUAUGGCGACCCUUCUCAGUAAAAAACAAAGACGAAAUAUAUUCACUCAUCGAGAGUGGGAAAAUUUACCAUCCAGCAGUCGUAAUUUGGAAAAAAAUAAGAAAAGAAUGAGAAAAGAGUAUAACUCGGCCAGUCAACCGCAAACAAUAACAUAUCGCUGAGAAAGUGAGACCAGUUGCCAGCUUCAGAUCAAGGAGGAAGAGGGAGCAGUCGACAACCCUCGGCUUGGUUCACCUCAUCUUCACAAUGAUCAGAUUAACUUUUUUCGUCAAUAGGCAAAAAUAUGUUACAACUGCUCAAAAUUUUGUCAUCUUAUCGUUGUCUCGUGUAAUUUCUGCCUCCUAUUCUCAUACAAAGAAAAAAAAUCGUACGCAUUACCAUUUCCUUCUCUAUAAAUUAUGAGAAUACAAAUAUUAGAAAUCUCAAAAAAUUUAGCAACUAAUAAGAGGGCUUUGUUUAUUUUUAUGGUGGUUGACAUACUUUUUUGAUUUCUUAUUUUCAAUGUUGGAUUUUAUUUCUAGAGAGACAAUCAAAAUGGGGAAAGGGAUAGAAAAAAUUAAAAGUUUGCAUUAAUAAUUAAUAUGUUUUCAUUUAAUAGAAAUGAAUAAGAAGUUUUUUAAAAAAAUAAAAAUUAUUGCCCCAUCAAGUUUAUAUUCAGACAUUUUGCUAUAAAUUUAUACUUGUUUUAUUUGAUAGGUAUAUACAUAAGAAAGAAGUGAGUGUUUGAUAGCAAAAAAACAUAUAGUCAUAUCAUUGAUUUCUCAAAGUCGAUUGAUUGUCAAACGCUUAUUUUCUCUUAGACCAUCGUUAUAUUUUGUAUUGAAAAAUAUUAAUAUUUAUGUGUGUGCUUGUUUUUUUUUCCUCAUCAAAAUGUAACUUAUUAUUAAGUUUUAGUAAAAAUGAGUAGAAAAUUUACUUAAUCAGAUUUAAUCAGAUCGGGUUAAACAAAUACAAUAUAUGUCACUCUCUGUUUCCAUCUUUAUAGUUCGUUUAAUCAGAAAAAAAUUAUUACUUAGGAGUGUGUUUUUGUUUAAAUGUUUCCUAAAAAAUUAACUUAUUUUAAUUUUAGUAAAAAUGAGUAGAAUUAUUAAAAGAAGAGAGAGACAACUUCAUAAAUAGAUCAAUAAAUAGUUUUUUGUUUGAAAAAAAAAUUGUCCACCUUGGCAACUUGUGCAUUCACCAAGUGCUUAUGUGGCAAGAAGUUAUUUUUGAAUAGCCAUAAUAUUUAGUAUAGAUAGAAGAUAGAUAGAUAUGGGGCUUUUUCCCAACCUUCCCUGCUUCUUCUUCCACUAAGUGAAGGACAAUAUAAAUUGAUUUAAUUUAACCCAAAAAAUAAAAGCAGCUGGCACCCAAUGUCCAUCCUACGGACUGUGAGUCGUAUGAUUAGAAUUCAUCCAAUGGCUGUUGUUGCUUAAACUCUUGAAACCCUAAUGGAAUAUAUGUCGGUUCCAUCUACCUCUACUCUAAAUUGCGACAGAUCGAAAAGCAAAAUCACAACCCCUUUGAAAAACAAAACAAAAAAUGGCUCAAUCCACCAUGGAUCACCUCUGGUACUACAGUGCCGCCUCCAGCACACUGGCGGGCGUUUCAUUUUUUUGCCUCUUGUUUUUCGCCUCUGAUACGGACUUCGCCAUCAAGCACGGGAUAGCAGAUGUGAAGGAGCAUUGCGCUGAAGCAUGGCUAUCGUAUAUCGUAGUUGACUAUGAUGUAUAGAGACAAGAGCAGGACAUUGAUCAAGUUGGGGAUUGAGAUGAGGAUGGCGGCGCCGGUGGAGUCGAGGGCAGCCUUGAAAACGAGCAGCCAGCAGAAGAGGAGGUGGAGGAGCGCGGGUGGUGUUCAGGAGUUGCUUCUCGAUGGUAACCAUGGUUUAAUCCCUAUAGGGAUGGCAAUGGGUCGGGUCGGGGACGAAUAGUGCAUAUCCGUUACCCUACCCAAAGUAGUUCGGGUUUUACCCAUACCCAUACCCACAUGUGAAACGGGUAGAAAAUUAAAACCAUGCCCAUACCCGUUCGGGUUUCGGGUAUCCACGGUUAUCCAUGGAUAAUAAUUUCUUUUCAUAACUCCAACCAAUAUGUUAACAUUCACACGUAUUCUCACAUUACGUAAAAGAAAAAGUCCGACAAUAGUUCACUAGAAUGAAGAAAAUUAACUAAAACAACACAAUUUCA